UUGAUUCCCUUUUCUUUUUGAAUUAAUUUAAGUUUUACAUAAGUAAAAAGUGUGAAUGUUUUUGUAACUUAUUAUUACCUAUCAAAAAAAUGAUUUUACUGACCUUCACAAUAAAUUGCUUCUACAAAACUCUAUUUAAGUGUUUAUAUCCAAAGUAAAACGUCACGACCCGCCCACAUGCUGCAGCAGAACAACGAGAUCGUUGUCCGUUGUCACCUGUACCGGACCAGUUUCAGAUUUCUGUGGAGUUUUUGAGGGUCUUUUACAACGUGCAACCGAUAAGACCAUCAGAUCAACUGGGAGGAGGAGUUCACGUGAGUAGACAUGGAACCAACAGUCAGAUUCCGGGUCCUCAUUGAUCACGAGGUCAAAAAACUUACACUCAACAGUGGCAUACCCUCAACUGUGGAUGAAUUGGUUGCAGCCAUCAAAAAACAAUUUGCCAUCACCACAGAAAUCAGUCUUCAGUACAAAGAUGAAGAGUUUGAUGACUUUUUCACCCUAACGACCACAAAGGAACUCAAAGAUAAAGACACACUGAAAGUAGUGUGUGUACCGCUAAACAUAACACUGACCCUUGUUCCCCAGGAAAGCACCCCUGAUACCUCCAGUGUGUACUCUUUAUCCGAGUCUGUGACACACUCUGACGGCUCAGAUGAUACUGUGAUUCUGUCUCCUUCACCCUCUGAAAGGCAAAAACCAUGGCCUGCUCUAUUUCCCAUUCCAACUUUCUCACACAACACUGAGCUGGCUUUGAGUCAAGGUAAUGAGAUUUAUUUAAGAGAUGGCACCCUACUGACAUCACCCAGUGUCAAAGCGGAUAUCUUGGAGCGCCUGGCAGAGGCCAUGUUUAGCUACACAGCGUACCCCAAUGAUGCCCAGAGGUCUGCAGUAGCACAGGCACUAAUAGAAAAGCAUCCCUGUUUGAAGGAGCCUGGCUCUUUUAAUGGAAUUUAUGGGUGGCAACAAAGCCUGAAAUACAAAUGUGGAAACUAUCGUACCAAACGUAAAGCAUUGGGAAGCCCUGAACUCCUGAUAAACUCAAUGAAAUACAAGAUGGGAGAUGACAGAAAACCUGCUAAAAACAUCAAGAAACCAAAGAGGGCAGAAGUAAAUUACCUGCCUCAGCACCCUUCUGGUGAAACAGACAGCAGCCUUGAGAAUGUGAGGCUUGACCUAAUAGAAGCCAGCAAGAAAAGGGACGUCAAAAGCAUAAAUGACAUGAUGGCCAGGACAUAUAGCUGGAGAAGAAUGGAAGUGGUUGUCCAGUCCCCAGAUGUGGCAAAAUUUAAAGAAAGAUGGCCUGCCCUCUUUGAACCAUCCCAGAUAAAUGAAGAAUUCCGAAGGUGUGCUGCAGUUCCACUAGAAUCAGUGUUUAUGUCCCAGCUGGACAAGUACACUCCAAAACUUCUUGACCUGUUUAGUGCGAAGGGUGGAGCGGUUGGUCAACGCAUCAAGAACUUGUUAAUGGAACUGAUACAGGAUCCAAGUACCUCUGUGGUGAAGAAGAGAGACGUGACUCUGAGAUGCCUCGUUGAAUACAUGGGAGAGAGUGGGCAAGAGCUCAUCUCUGACUACUAUGGAAAAACAGAGAGCAGUGUCCACGAGGACUUGAAAAUGAGCAAUAUGCAGAUAUACGUCUGCCGUGAACCAGAUGCAGUGGGCAUCAUCAUUGAGGGAAUCCCAGUGCUUACUGAUCUUGGAAAUCUGGCCAGGGCAUGUUGCCUGCUUCUGGGGAUGACAUAUGCUCUGAACCUGCAGUAUCCACCACAACUCUGCAAAACAUUUGAGGUGUUCCAAAGACUUUUUGUGGGACUUGACACACUGCGCCCAAAACCUUCCUCCCGAUUCAUGACACUAAAAAACAAACUUCUGAGUUAGUUGGUCAAAUGCCAGCCUCGCACUCAUAAAUGGCAAUCUCAUUGUGUUUUUCAGAGAGCUUUUCAGAAGAUUGUUCUGAAUGUUUAUUUGUUAAUUGGCUGCAGUUCAGAAGUUCUGUUAUAUAAACCAGUUUAUGGUAAAAUGUUUUAAUACAUACUAAGAUGUACUGUGCACUUACGGAUUGAAGCUGAAGUCAGUUAUUUUGUGUCAGAUGCCGU